AUGAUACGAUAGACGUUUAUUAAUGACUUACAUCAAUGAUUCUCUGUGAGAGUGUGCCAUCAGCCAUCUACAAAUUGUCAAUUUUACCAACCUACUAUAUUCCAAAAGAUGGACCAUUACAGACAUACAGAGAAUACAUCAGUAUGUUACCUGGAGUAGAUCAUCCUGAAGCAUUCGGUCAACAUCCUAAUGCAGAUAUUGCCAGUCAAAUUACAGAGACACGUACAUUAUUUGAUACUUUGUUGUCAUUGCAACCACAAGUUACUGUGACUCAAGGAGAAAGUAGAGAGAGUAAAGUAUUAAAAUUAGCUGCUGAUGUGCUGGAACGUAUACCACCCAAUAUAGAUUAUGAAGGAACUGCUAAAAUACUCAAAGAUGAUCCUUCUCCACUUAAUGUAGUUCUAUUACAAGAGAUUCAAAGAUACAAUUUCUUGCUGGAAAAGAUCCGUUCCUCUUUAAUUGAUUUAGAUAAAGGUAUUAAAGGGUUGGUUGUUAUGUCAAAUGAUUUGGAAGAAAUCUUCAACUGUAUUUUUGAUGCCAGAGUACCAGCAACAUGGCAGAAGGCAUAUCCAUCUAACAAACCACUUGCUGCUUGGACACGCGACUUAGUACAGCGUGUAGAUCAGCUUGAGAAAUGGGCAAGCAUAGCACAUCCUCCUGUGUUAUUUUGGAUGUCUGGUUUUACCUUCCCUACUGGAUUCCUAACCGCUGUAUUACAGCAAGCUGCUCGACAGAAUAAUAUCUCUGUUGACUCUCUCUCAUGGGAAUUUAUUGUAUCUACUGUGGACGAUAACAACUUAGUACAACCACCUAAAGAUGGUGUCUGGGUUAAAGGACUUUACUUAGAGGGUGCCGGUUGGGAUAAGAAGAAUGCAUGCCUUAUUGAAGCUGCUCCAAUGGAACUUGUUUGUCAAAUGCCAACUAUUCAUUUCAAACCAGUUGAAAAUAAAAAGAAACCUGGCAAGGGUACAUAUGGAUGUCCAUGCUACUACUAUCCAAACAGAAAUGGCACUAGUGAUAGAGCAUCAUAUGUUGUUGGUGUUGAUCUUAAAGGUGGAUCCUUUGGAGCUGAUCAUUGGACUAAGAGAGGAACUGCCAUAUUAAUGAGUUUAGAAUAUUAAGUCAAUCUUAUGAUUGAAUGUCAUCAUAAUUUGAUUUUCAACAUUCAUCUAGUAUUUCAGAUGCUUUUUGUAAAUAUUAUACAAGUAUAUUAGGAUAGAUCAUAUUAAUGUUACAAAAUCUGUAUGUAUUGUUACUGCAUGUUUUUUGUUUUCAUUUCUUCACAUUCACGAGUCUUGUGUUAUUUACAAAGACAGUUUUGUUAAAGUAUACAUCCACUGAACAUAUAUCAACGUGUACUGUAAAACAUGUUUAGCUCAACACUGUUUUUAGCAAAUUCAACUUAUACAUUUUCAAAUGGUUGUGCAUUAAAGUUGCCCUUCAAGAUCUUUACUAAAAUUUAAAUUGGGUCAUGUGACUAGUAUGUGACGCAUAUGCUAUGAACAUUAAUUAUUCAAUGAUUGUCAGCACAGCAAUGUUAGUGACCAUUUUACUGUUUGAAUGAUCUCAGAGAGCAUAUUUACAUUACAUAAUACAUGUAGUAUCAAGACCCAUAUAAAUCUUUAUAGCCGGAGAGCAUGUUUUAAAGCAUACAUUUGCUUUACACAGCUGUCACAAUUGCAUUUGUUUUCGAUUUCCCUUCCAACAAUUUGUGUAUUGAGUGAUUUUUAUAAAAACAAAUACUAUUUCUUUAUAUUGAGAAGAUUGGCUUCAUCAAGUUAUUGAUCCGUCCUGCUUUGAUUGUAUUUAUAAUAUUUGAAAUAUGUAUAGUUUGUAUAAUAUAUUUAAUAAAAAUUGCUGUUUUACAAUAU